UGGAAUAGCUAUUAGAUUGGAGAGGGAAGCCUAUUGCAGAAGGAUAAUCAUCUGUUGUAGUAGCCACAGCAGUUCUGUUACUUGUUUUGCUGAGUGUCUGAUAAAAGCUGACUCCCGGAAUGGGGAUGCCCUUUUUUGUUGGGCAAUACAGCGGCAUAGCUGCCUUGCAGCUACAGCAACCUGAAUUCAGCCCUGAUCUCCAGUUCCGCCUGUGACUCCAUGGAUUUCCCCCGGAUACUCUGGUUUCCUUGCACAUCCUAAGACAUACAGAUUCCACAGUAAACAGAAGAGUCUUUUCCUUUUGAAUGAUUUUUAAACUUGAGUCUUAUGGCUUGUGUUAUGGCCAAAGCAACCUCCAUUCCUUCUUCCGGUUUUGCCUUUGAAUACUGGUUGAAUAAGGCCGUUGAAUGGGGGCAGGCCACUACUUUGGAAUCCCAGCAAGAUGUCUGCCUGCACCUGCCUAAAUUACAGGAGUUCCUGAAACAGAUUUAUGAAGCUAUACAGCAUAUGAACACUACUGAAGCAUUAAAAUUAUUUCCAAUGAUCGGUCAGUUUCUGGGUAGACUUUGCUGGAACCCUUUUGUUGUAGCACAUGAUGAAAGCCAGCAGCACCUGUUGGAAUGCUUGUGGUGUCUUUACAGUGCAGAACCUGAGAAUCCUGUGGAACAAAAGGCGAAUGACUGGAUUUGGAGCUUGCUGCAGAGUUUGACUAGUGUAGAUCAAGAAGUUAGAAGCUUUAUUCAGAGCUUACAUUUCCCAGAGGAGGACUACCAUCUUAAAUUAUUGAAAAAUGUGGUCACUUCUCUAGUGAAGCAGCUUCAAGACCAUCACUGCGACAGAAGGUCCAUAUCAUUUAGGUUACCACCAGCACGAUGGAGGAAUGUUUCUAUUCUCUGUUUACCUGUUAUCACUUUACCAGAGAUUGUUCCAUUGGUGGAGGCUCUUCUGAAUUGUAAUGAUGGCUUGGAUGAAACUCUCAGCACAGAGUUCCUAGAAUCUGUCAGCAAUAGCCUUCUACAGAGAAAGAUCUUCCUGUCAGAGUCUGCAGUUAUGAACUUAUGGCUGCGUUAUCUUCCUAGUCUAGAACAAGCUAUUCUGCAUCUUACUGAAUCUUUGAUGUCACAUCCAUGUACUUCUUUAGCAGAAGUUGAAGCUAUUAUAGCAGACUCGUUACUGCCAAAAGUAUCAGCCUAUCAUCCUUCGUUGUUUAGGGUAAUUGAUGAUUCUUUCAGGGCCAUUCUAUUGGAGACUGAUGGACAUCCAAAAAUUAUAACCAUUAUACAAGCAUUUACUCGAUGCUUUAUUCAAGUUCUGCCGCAGGUGCAGACUCAGAUGCCACUGAAACUCUACUUUCCACAUAAUCAGCAAUCCCUUGUGGUAGCACUACUGACAGAUCCAUCAGAUGUUUCGUCAGCAGCCUGGUGCCAGCACCUAACCACUGUUGUUCAAAUGCUGAAGAAGAUUGUGCAAGAUGAAAAAGUCAAAGGAACCACUUCAAAUCUCUUUGAAAACUGGUUUUUGCUGGUUCACUGUGGAGACUGGCUAAAUGUUGCCUUACAGCAGCUGAUGACAGCAGAUGACUUCUCCGAGGUUCUGUGGCUUUUGUUGUUCUACAAUAAACCACUUAUGAAAGACCAAGAGGAGAAACAAUUACUGGAGGAGCUGAAAUUUGUGUACAAUCAACUAAAAGUUCUCAGGAACAAAACAGACUUGAAUCCUGAAGAUGUGCAAACUGCAUUAGUUACCAACAAUGUCUCCAUAAAAGGAAGUCAUCUGAAAGAUCUAAUCAAUCAGCUUCUUGUGAGCUUUCUGUUGUUUACAGACAGUGGAAUGGGAAUAGCAAAGGAUUGUGUCCAACUUUUCACCCUAGGUGGAGACUGCUUGGAUGGAGUUUCUCAACUGCUGAUUAGUAUGGCGCACAGAUUACAGAACACAAAACGUGGCAGUUUGAAAGACAGAAUGGCGCACAUCAACAUUGAACUCCUGCAAACUCAGCUUCUGCAAGCCAAAGAAUCAUGAAAAUGCAAUUAUAGUCCAAUGAUUACUUCAUUGUUUUUUGCAAAUGUUUGAACAUUUGUACUAAUACACCAGGUUGUAAGAAAUUAUGGAAGAUAUUCUCUGCAAAUGUAUAAAUAAAGCACACAAGCUAUAAAUAAUCAGGAGCAACAUAAACAAAAUGCUGGAGGAACAGCAUGACAGACCAUCUAUGGAGAACAGUUGAUGUUUCAGGCUGAGACCCUUCAUUAGGACUUGAUGGGAAGGGAGCAGAUGCUGCCUGAGUUGCUGAGUUCCUCCAGUAAUUUGUGUGUUGCUCAAGAUUCUCAGCAGCUGCAGAAUCUCUUCUGUUUAUAAUAAUCUUGAUUCUGAAACCAGCAACAAUAUUGACCUAGAACAAAUUAUAGCCCAGUCAAUGUCAGAUGCUGAAAAAAAGGUUAAAAACACAUGAUUAGACCUCUGUGCUGCUUUAAAAUGAGUUAUCUGCUUUCAUUUUCCAACUGUAUGAUACAGCCUUACUUAAAUAAAGAAAUUUAUAUUGCCCAUUUACACUUUUAUCUUGUACACUGGAUGGUGACAAGAGGCUGUACACUAACAUUUUUCAUUGUUAUUUUUUCAAAGUAAAUUUAUUAUCAAAGUACAUAUAUGUCACUAUUUACAACAAUGAGAUUCAUGUUCUUGCAGGCAUUCACAGUAAAUACAAAGAAACAAUUGGAUCAAUAAAAGAUUACACCCAACAUGAUGGACAAACAACCAAUGUGCAAAAGACAACAAACUGUGCAAAUACAAAAAAAAAAUAAAUGAAUAAACAAUAAAUAUCAAGAACAUGAGAUGAAGAAAGUGAGUCCAUAGGUUGUGGGAACAGUUCAGUGUUGGGUUGCGUGAAGUUCUCCCCUCUGGCUCAAGAGCAUGAUGGCUGAGGGAUAAUACCCGUUCCUGAAUCUGGUGCUGUGGGUCCCGAGACCUCUGUACCUUCUUCCUGAUGGUACCAGUGAGAAGAGAACAUGACGUGGAUGAUGAGGGUCCCUGAUGAUGGAUGCUGCUUUUGUGCAACAGCACUCCUUGUAGAUGUGCUCAAUGGUGGGGACGGCUUUGCCUGCGAUGGACUGAGCAGUAUCCACUACUUUCUGUAGGCUUUUCUGUUCAAGGGCAUUGGUGUUUCCAUACCAAUUUUGCCAGAAGCAUACUUUUUAAAUGGUUGGAAAUGGAACAAUUUCCUGAACUGUGACUAGAACAUUGAAUUUUGACAGAGUGUAUAUUUUUACACUGACAAACUACCAAUCACUGUAUAGAGUGCCAAAACUACUAAAGGUAACCCCACAAUUAGAACAGUCUGUAUCACAAUUUUCUUUAAUGCAAACCCCCAUUGAAUACCAUGUAAUGGCAAUAAGACUUGGAUGUGAAGUUCGUGCAUCUAUUGGAUUAGCAAUCACAGCCAAAGCACUCUUCAUUGGUGGUGCACUUUCUCUGACUUACCUGCGACUACCCAACCAAUUGCUACAGUGAUGUCAUAUCCAAAUCUUACUGCCCCACAACUAAAAAUAAAAUCAGACAUAUCUGUUGUUGCUUUUGCAUUUUGUGUUUACUUGUUUCCCCCCCCCCCAAUAAAUUCCAUUAGUCAACUUUUAUUGUGCAUCUCAGGUCUUUUUGGUAGUGAUUUGUGAAUUCCAUUAGGUUGAAUUUCCAUAACCCAAAUGGUUGUAAAGGUAGGUCACCUGUAUUCUUACAAAAACUCAGAGAAAUAAAACUAAAUACAUUGGAAGCUUCAAUGUAUCCCAGUGUUACCUAAAUGUAAAGAUGAAUAUUAGAAGGUUAUUAGAACAGGUAGCUAUAUAAAAAUGUCAGACUUGCCAAUUAAUACUUUAUAUUCAUUUGCAUGGAAGACAACAUCAUACCAGACCUUUCAUGAAAUUAACAAUGAGUUAAAGGUUAGAGCUCACUAGGGUUACCAUCAUAAAGAAAUCAGUAGAAAAAUAAUUAAGUAGCAAUAAAGAUGGAGAAAUUCAAAGACCUGAAUACAAACCUGAGGUAGAAACCAUACAAAUAAGCAAGAGAUUGCAAGCACUUCAGGAAAUAGAAGUACAGCACAGCACAAUGAAAUUCAUUGCAGUCCAUCAACUGUUUGAAGAGCAAAUCCCUCUCUCAAGCCUGCUCCUUCCAAUUUUUCCAAAACUGUGAUCUCAUUCGAGAGCUUAGAUUUGUAAAGUGUACAUUUCAAGUCAAAUAAGCUGAUAGUUUAGGAGACUGCCUAUCCACAUGAUUGAUGUGCAUUUUCUAAAACCCCUGUUGAAAGUUCCACAGAAGAGCUUAGAUACAAUUAAAGCUCAUUAAAACAAUUUAUUGACCCGCUUUGAGGUCUGGUCAGCAGUAGGGAACAUGGAUUAGAGAUUAUGUUAAAUUCAGCAAUGCCAUUCAGGGGAGAAAUUUUUAAAAACUUAACCACACAAUGGCUGGUAGAGAUGUAAAGUUAUAUCUCAAAAGCAGAUGCUAGUUUAAAUCAAUACAGUUUUAACAUAAUUAUGGAAUUAGGAUACAGGUGAUGAUACUGGCUGGAACAACAAAAUUAUUUCCAUUUCCUCGGAGAAAGGAAGUUAUUCAACAUUUUCAUUGUUUUCCUGAAAAUAUAUUGCAAGAAUGAAACUUUAUCAAAUGGUCUAUCCACCUGAAGUAUAAAUAUGCUGAUUAAUCACCAACAGUGUAACUAUUUCAUAGUAAGCAACACACCUAAAAGCAGUAAAAUAUAAUCAUCUACUCUGAAUUUUAUCACUAAUAUUAUGACCAAAUUCAGGAACUUGCUACCUGAGAACAUUGUGGAAUUCCCCAUUGCCAGAACAGCAAUUGAGGAUGGGCAACAAAUGCUGGUGCUGACAAUACCCUUAUGCUGUACAUUUUUAAAGUUCCUAAUGAAUUCAGAGGAAGGCUUAUUACACUAAGGGUUUCAAAACAAGGACAACAUUAAAUGAUGGCUCAGUUUGGGGAUACAGUAUGAACCUCUAUUAGACCAGGGAGGCUUCUCUUUGCACUGUUUUUUCUUUAAUGUACACAAUCC